AUGAGGCCAGAGGAAGUCUUCUAUGCACCAAGCGUCGUCAGCGUUGGAGGCCGUCACAGACAACCGUCAGUGACUGACUCAUCUAUCCUCUCACCAACACCAACAUGCGUCUCUCGAUUCACACCCAUCACGACCCCGAAUCUGUCGCAUGGCUUUCACUCCUACUCACUCACAGCGCCUUCUAUGGAGCGCAAGGGCAGCAACAGCAGUAAUGUCUCCUCAACGACACUGCACGAGACUCAUGCUGCAACCUGGUCGCAUUCAAGCCCCUUCAAGGGCCUUUUGUCUAAGAAGAGCCUCCUACACAUCAAGACGAUCGCGCUACCCACAAGCAGGGCGAAACACGACCUGCAUCUCGACACCAACAGCGGCAUGGACUUUUCUACAUUCAUGAAGUCAGCUCCAUCGUCGCCCACCUCCCAGACCACACCUGUCGUUGCACAGCUCUCAGCACAAGACCGCAAGCUGGCCAAGGAGCUCGCCAAAACGGAGAAGUUGCGAGAAGUGGUGCGGCUUCGCAAUGAAAAGAUUGAUCGGCAGGAAGCCAAGAAGCAAGCGUCUCGUCUCGCUAAAGUCAAGCCCUUUCAACAAUCGACGGGCCUUGCAGCCGUCCCUGCCUGA